UGCGUGACGUAACGCUGGCAUGAACUUGCUCACCCUUGAGCCGACGCAACCACGGUAGCACAGUAUAGUCAUAGAGAAAGGUAUGGUCGCAUCGCAAGCCCAAUGUUGUCUACCCGGCAAAUCUAUUCGCCUCCAGAAAGAGUAGUGAUUUUUUUUUUAAUUAUCAGAUUUCACUGGUCGCUGUCGCCACUCCACUGGUAUGUAGCCGCGAGGUCAACGGGUUCGGACGUGGCCGCCGGAGUGCGUGAGGACGGUUGCGGUGGUGCACACGCCGAGACGCCUUUCCUCUUUCGCCGCCUAGGAGCGGAGGUGACGCCGGCUUCGCACAAAGCUGUCCCGCCUGCUAAAGUUGGUGGAUCGCGCCGAUGAAACGGGAGGCUCGUCUUCUCCGCGGGACUUGCUCACCGCCGCCCUCGACUGAUCGUCGCUUUGUUCUUUCCCUCUGCGUCGGUGCUGUUGCGUCGGCCACGCAUCAGGUGAACGGUGUCGGGUGGUUGGGUGUCGUGCGAGCGAGCUAGUCGACACUGGGCCCCCGCCGUCACCGCUUCGUCGAGGCUGCGUGGCCGCACGCGUUGCCCGCCGACGCGUGCCCGACUCCAGUGGUCUCUGUGGCACUGACGCCGAUUCGGCCAUGGUCCGGCUCGAUAACGCGCCGCUCGACGCGGCCCGCCUCAUACCGGUGUGGCAAAGAACUCGAGCGACUCGAGUUCGAGCUGGCCUAACGCGGCACCUGGUGUUCGCUAUAGCGGCGGCGGCUUUGGGCUCUGCCUUUCAACAUGGCUACAACACGGGCGUGGUCAACGCUCCGCAGAAGCUGGUUGAGGACUUCAUCGAAGACACGUACAAGCAUCGCUUCGAAGAGGAACCCGGCGAGGGUACAGUCAAGUUCAUCUUCAGCAUCUUCGUGGCCAUCUUCUGCGUCGGAGGCAUGAUGGGCGGCCUGCUCACUGCCUUCGUCGCCGAGCGCUUCGGCCGCAGAGGAGGCCUGCUCCUCAACAACAUCAGCGUCUUCAUCGCUGCCAUACUCAUGGGGGCGUCUAAGUCUGCCCGUUCGUACGAGAUGCUAAUCCUGGGCCGGUUCUUCGUGGGCUUUAGUUCGGGCCUGAACGCGGGCCUGGCACCCAUGUACCUAACGGAAAUCUCGCCAUUGCACCUUCGCGGUGCUGUGGGCACCAUCUACCAGCUGGUGGUGACCAUCUCUAUCCUGGCCAGUCAGAUACUGGGUCUGCCCUCGGCGCUGGGCACAGCAGACAGGUGGCCCGCGCUGUUCGCCGUCACCAUUGUGCCCAGCGUGUUUAUGCUGGCCACGCUGCCGCUCUGUCCUGAGUCGCCCAAGUACAUUCUCAUCAACCAGGGCCGAGAUGUGGCCGCCCAACAGGCGCUCACCUGGCUACGGGGCACUAUCGAGGUGCACGACGAGAUGGAUGAGAUGCGUGCCGAAUUCGAAGCUAUCAAGAUGGUCUCCAGGGUCACCCUGUAUGAGAUGAUGCACAACAUGACGCUACGGAUCCCUCUUCUUAUCUCUAUCAUGGUUAUGCUGUCCCAGCAGCUAUCGGGUAUCAACGCGGCCAUUUUUUUUUCUACCGACAUCUUCCGGUCGGCAGGCCUCAGCUCGGAAGUGGCGAUGCAGGCCACGCUGGGCAUGGGUGCCGUCAAUGUGCUCAUGACCAUCGUUUCGCUGGUGCUGGUUGAACGGGCGGGCCGCCGCACCUUACAUCUGGUCGGCCUCGGCGGCAUGGCUAUCAUCACGGUCAUUCUAACGAUCUGCCUGGCACUGAGCGAAAGCGUGCCGUGGCUGUCGUACGUGAGCAUCGUGGCCGUCAUCGGGUUCGUGGUCAUGUUUGCCACAGGUCCUGGCUCCAUCCCCUGGUUCCUGGUGGGCGAGCUCUUCGGACAGGGCGCGCGGCCGCUCGCCACUAGUAUCGCCGUGGCUGUCAACUGGAGCGCAAACUUCCUUGUGGGCCUCGCCUUUCUACCAUUAACGAGCGUGCUCUACCACUACACGUUCCUCAUAUUCACGGCGUUGCUGGUGUUCUUCUGGAUCUUUACCUACUACAUGGUGCCCGAGACGAAGAACAAGAGCGUGGAAGAGAUCGCCGCGCUGUUCCGCCAGCGGGCCUACCACUGAGCUGCGGGUGGCUCCCCCUUGCGCAAUAGCGGCCGACAGAUGCGCGGUCAGAGGCACCACGAGAGGACCGCCGCAGUCGGACGCCACCGGCUGACUGCGGCCCGGCCCAUCCCCACCCACCCGUAGGGCAUACCGCGGCACCACCACCGAGCUCAGCCCCAGGCAUCAUCAGGCCGUCAUCGCCCGCUGGCAGCAAAUAAGGGCGCCACCACACACACAGUGCUUCUGGAACUCUCAGCGAAAUAGUUUUACCUCCUAUAGCGGUCUUACCCGUCAACUCUUCAGACCCGUGUGUACGGCUUGACUGCAGACGGGUUCGAAGCCCCGUCGAUAUCCUGCAGUGUGUCGUCGUGUUGUCUUCGGCUCCUGUGUGUCUCUGUCGGUUUUCGGAGAGUGCGUGCGGCCUCCACAGUCGCUGGAAGUCUGUGGAAGCGCAUGUCGUUUAAACCUGGUGCAGGCUCGUAAUAGGCCGCGUGGCAUAUCGUCCGGAGAUAUUAGAAUUCCCCACUCACUCCUCGCAACCCAACCCCAACCUGAUCGGUUUACCUCUGCACGUCCGCCCUGAGCUUUUUCAAGCGAUCAAAGGCGUCUACCACAACCAGUGGCAACUUGGGGCGGACGUGUCGGCCCACACGGCUCGCAAAUGACGGGCACUGUGUGAGCGAAUGAUGAUAUAUAGGCGACUUCCAUCGAUGUUGGUCAGAUAAGAGUGGUCCGAUGACGCGCACUUGUGAUAAUACUUGGACGACCUGCGACCGAUGCUACUUACUCACUGUAUGCAGCAGCAGCAGUCUGUGCGUGAGAGGGAACCGCCUUGGCUGCACCCGUCUGCGGUAUUCCUCCUGUACAAAACGUUGCCCAAUAGAGCGGUACAGUAAUAGAAACCCUCCCCGCGUAGGCUCAGUCACAUCCUCCGACUGUAUGUUGCGUGUCUCCUCAGCGCGAGCAAAGUGGCAUCUGCGCUCCCUGCCGGCCUCCUUCAAUGCUGCGCGUAGUCGAGGGUGACCCCGGGGUUCGUGCGUGUGCCGAUCAUCUCUAGCAAGCGGCUACACCGACGAUAGUGGCCGCAAGGAACCCACAGCACUUCCGAGCCUGUAAAUGAGGAUGCUGCUGUCUGUUCAGUUACACAGGGCAGUUGAACAGCAAGUUGGUUCGAAUGUGUGUGGCGGUGGGUCGAGUCCGCCCGCGCGUUUUAUUCUAAUUUUAGUGAUACAACACACAUAUUCAUCUCUUUCUACGCGGAAUUCGCAACUGAUUAUUUAUUUUAUUGCCGUGCAGUGUGUUGCGCCCUUUAACUUGAAGGCUUGCGAUGCUGAGGACCCGAGAAUAUGCAUGGAAUGCAAAUUCUGGGACCCGUGGCUGCUUCUGUGAUGUGUAGUUAAUGUGCCCACCGACCCUAUCGCGUCGAUCUUGCCAUGGAGUUUUAACGCGACAGCGUUAAGGAGCUCGUGUCGCAGAAAAACCGGUGUCGUCGGCGGCGUUGGCCGUGAGUGAUAAAUCCCGGCAGGCACUUCAUGAAUAAAAAACAACUUGCAAGAUAGGCUUGGGUGGGAAUCGAACCAGGGUCUCCGGAGUGUGAGACGGAGACGCUACCACUCAGUCACGCGUCCGAUGCUUCAAAGCGGUACAAAAGCGCCUCUAGUGAAUGCGGUGUUGCCUUAGCAACGAGCUGCAGAAAGUUAUACUGUGGUGUAUAUCGGUAAUUAUGAACAUGUAACUUACAGAUGGCGCGUUUACACGAGUAUCGAAGUGCGUUUCUGCUACAUUUCUUCUGCGCUUUUAUGCAUACAUUGGAAGAGGAAAAAUGUGGUGCUUGAGUCCGCAGGAGUCGGCAGUAUGGUGGUUCAACCAACAUGCAAAUAAGUUACUUUUUAGGAGAGCAAAGAUACCUGACGUGAUAACAUUAGAAAGUGUUCCCUUCAAUGCUCUCUACCUCUCACGAGGUACCGAUUGCCCGAACUCUUUUUUCCACACCGAGCACUUCUUAAAAAACUUGACGGCACCUCCUUUGCUUUCGCUGUCAUUCAAAUCAGUCAAGCGGCCUGAUAGCUUCCAUUGUCAAAUGAUCGAUAUCUGCGAGGCAUCAAGCCACUGCAAUUUUCGCCGUACCGUCCACACACUCUCUAUGUGCAAAACUUUUAUGUAGAAGGCAGGGCGAUGGUACUUUGCAAAUUACUUGGUGCCGCCUAUUCUCUUUUUCAACAGGUCUGCGUCUUUCCUGUAUGCGUUUCAGGGCCCACCGACACUCGGAGAAUAGCUGUCAUAUACACAUAGUUCUCUGAGUUGCCUUGCUUAGUAACUCGGGGGACCAACUGCAAUGCAUGCUCACUGACCUGGAGAGGCAAAGCAGAAGAGUGGGUCUAAAAAUUAAUCUACAGAAAACUAAAGUAAUGUUUAACAGUCUCGGAAGAGAACAGCAAUUUACAAUUGGUAGCGAGGCACUGGAAGUGGUAAGGGAAUACAUCUACUUAGGGCAGGUAGUGACCACGGAUCCGGAUCAUGAGACUGAAAUAACCAGAAGAAUAAGAAUGGGCUUGGGUGCGUUUGGCAGGCAUUCUCAAAUCAUGAACAGCAGGUUGCCACUAUCCCUCAAAAGGAAAGUGUAUAACAGCUGUGUGUUACCAGUACUCACAUAUGGGGCAGAAACCUGGAGGCUUACGAAAAGGGUUCUACUCAAAUUGAGGACGAUGCAAGGAGCUAUGGAAAGAAGAAUGAUAGGUGUAACGAUAAGGGAUAAGAAAAGAGCAGAUUGGGUGAGGGAACAAACGCGAGUUAAUGACAUCUUAGUGGAAAUCAAGAAAAAGAAGUGGGCAUGGGCAGGACAUGUAAUGAGGAGGGAAGAUAACCGAUGGUCAUUAAGGGUUACGGACUGGAUUCCAAGGGAAGGGAAGCGUAGCAGGGGGCGGCAGAAAGUUAGGUGGGCGGAUGAGAUUAAGAAGUUUGCAGGGACGGCAUGGCCACAAUUAGUACAUGACCGGGGUUGUUGUAGAAAUAUGGGAGAGGCCUUUGCCCUGCAGUAGGCGUAACCAGGCUGAUGAUGAUGAUGAUGAUGAUGAUGAUGACACAUAGUUCCAUGAUGGUUGAGCUUUUACAGCGCCACGCUGCCUUGUAACUUUUGCAUGAAACUCUAUGGCACACGUGUAUUUGGCCGGUGGCCCCGGGGUCACCCUACACGCGCCGCCGGGACGAACGCGAUGCAGGGCGACUGCAGUUCCCGCUGGACGGUGCAGUUAGCCUGCCGGUAAUCGAGCGGCAGCUAUGUAUUUUAUCUUGACACUCUUUUAGGCUCCGCUACCUUGUACAUAGAUCAUGGCAUUUAUUUUUGUGCAUAUAGGGCAGCUAACAAUAUGAGGAGAGCUUAGCAGCAGAGGUGUCCCUCUGCGGAGGCCGCAGUGCGUGUUCCACAGGAGUGACCACUAUAGUUGUACAUACUUUGCGGUAAUAAACAGAUUGUGCACUGUCUCGAAA